AUGUCUUGGGAUGCUUAUGUGACAAAUUUGACAGCCAACGGAGCUCUUGAAUAUGCUGCCAUUAUUGGAUUAGAUGGAAAUAUCUGGGCUAGCAAUUUUGGUGUUGCCGUCCUACCUUCUUAUCAAGCUGAAGUCCCAGAUGAAAAGAAUCCAGACGUCGUAACCAAGGUUGCCUAUGACGAGAAGACUGCCUUUGUUCACGCUCUCACACACAAUGGAAACUCUGGAAAUGCAGCUGGAGUUAGAGUCAACAAUCAAAAAUAUUAUACAAUUCAAUUUGAUAAUGAUGCUAAGUCAUGGUAUUUGAAGAAGAACAAAGGAGGAGCAUGCAUUGCUUGGUCUAACACCGCCGCUGUCUUUGCUUCAUUCUCCUAAACCAUCAAUGCAGAAAAUGGAGCUACUUAGAAUGCUGCUGAAUGCAACAAACGUGUCAUUGAAAUGGCAAAGUACCUAGCUGAUUCUGGAUAUUGAGUUCUUAUGUUCACAUUAAACAUAAACAAAUAUUCACAAUUUAUC